AUGGCACCGUCUGUGGACCGGGACGCAAUUCCGGGCACGUUUACUCUAGUGGACCUCGAACAUGUCAUGACGAGUCAGCAUUUGGAUCGAGGGGAUAGCGAUAUCGUCCUGGUGCCUCAGCCGUCUAAUGAUCUAGAUGAUCCGCUGAAUUGGUCUCCGAGACGGAAGCUGAUGUCUACGGUCUGCGUGAGCGUAUACACCUUGUUUAAUGGAAUCGCAUGCUCUGUCGUCUAUUCGGUCUUGGUUCCCCUUUCCGAGGCGACGGGUGUCAGCGUCAGUACGUUGAACGAGGGAACAGGGUUUCUGUUUCUACUGGCCGGUUGGGGACUCUUGUUCUGGCAGCCGUUUGCGCUGCAGUACGGCAAACGGUUGACUUAUAUCAUCUCUCUGGUUGGAGCAGCGGGCGCUUUAAUUUGGGGCCCAUUCAUAAGCAACAACGGACAAUGGAUUGGCCGAAGCAUUCUUGCUGGAUUCUUCACGGCCCCGAUUGAAGCUCUUCCAGAGGUGUCUGUCACGGACGUGUACUUCACCCAUGAGCGAGGAACAUAUAUGGCUCUGUACGCCUUCUUUCUCGCAGGAAGCAAUUACUUUGCGCCGGUUAUCUGCGGGUUCAUCGCCGAGUACCAUGGCUGGCAAUGGGUGUUCUACUGGCCGGCUAUCUUCUGCGCCGGCGCCAUUAUAUUUCUGUUCUUCUUCAUGGAAGAGACAAAUUAUUCGCGCGACACGGGCCAUUCCACGGCAAUGGGGGAUACUGUCGAGCCCUCCACCACGACUUCGGAACAAGGAGAUCAAGAGAAGGUGGCGCCGGUUGCCUCGCGAGGGGAUACGGCAUACGGCACGAUCUACCCGAAAAAGACGUACAUCCAGAAACUAUCCCUGUGGGGACCACGGCAGCCCAGGAACAACAUGCUGCGGCGACUCUACCACACACUGUACUAUCUCUCGUGGCCGGUGAUCUUCUACGCGGGUUUCUCGUACGGGUCGUAUCUGGUGUGGUUCAACGUGUUGAAUGGUACCGCAUCGAUAAUCUUGGGUUCAGCGCCAUAUAACUUCAGCUCUUCUAUGGUUGGUCUUAGUUACGUUGCGUGCUGCAUCGGGGUCGUUCUUGGGUAUGCUUCCCUUCUCACCUCGUUCUCACCUCGUUCUUACUGCAUAUAUGAGCAACAUAAUGACAAGUAUGGCAGGUCCCUAUUCACCGGCCGCUUCAGCGACUGGCUGACCAUUCGGCUUGCGCGGCGCAACAACGGAAUCAUGGAGGCAGAGCAGCGUCUCUGGCCCUUCGCAAUCUGUCUGAUCACAGUCCCAGGAUCCUUAAUCCUCUGGGGCGUGGGCGCAGCGCACCAUGUCCACUGGUUCGGACUGUUAGUUGCCAUGUGCGUUCUUGCCAUGGCUAAUGCGUGCGGUAUCACGCUCAGCGUCAACUACCUAGUCGACAGCUACCGGGAAUUGAGUGGUGACGCCAUGGCCAGUAUUAUUUUGGUGCGGAACACGAUGUCAUUUGCCAUUGGAUAUGGGAUCACCCCGUGGAUCAACAACCUUGGGUACCAGAACUGUUUUAUAUCAGCCGCUUUCAUUGGCAUGGCCUGUUCCGCCGUCUUCCUGGUGAUGAUCCGAUGGGGGAAGACGUUUCGAACCCGCAGUCGCGAGAAGUACUGGAAGCUGGUGGAAGAGAACUGGGAGAAGGGGAUGAGCCAUUGA